GGGCGCCCCGCCGCUGCCCCGCGCUGCUCGGCGACGAGGUCGGCCGGACGCUUGGCGGACGACUCCCACCGUCUACGGAAGAGCUUCUUGAUGACCGCAGGGAAGAAGGAGGAGAUGGGGAAGCUGGUGAUGGAGCGGAGGAUUUGCAUCUGGAUGUCCCCCAUUCUCUUCAUCCAUCUCUCCUCCCCAUCUGCCCGCUGCCAGCGCACCUCCGCUUCCCAUCUGCUCCUAGCGCCGGGCUACAUGCGGCUGCGCGCGCGUGUGCCGCAUCCUCCGCGACGGGGGAACCGCCGUAGCAGCGCCUCCCCGUGGAGCCACCGCUCAGCCACCACCCACCGGAUCACGGGCAAGGCCCUCCUCAUGCUGACAAGCAGGGCACACAAGAGGCUCCGCUCACUCAACCUCCUCCUCAGUUGCCUCGCUUGUCCAACGCCAGCCUGCUCCGUGUCGUCCGAGAUAAUUGGCACAAUUGUUGGCAAUAGCAACUCUGAACUCUCUUUGCCAUGCUUGAUGCAGCAGCACCAACGCGCUGCUACUGUAAGCGUCGAAGGAAGUGAACAAAUUCCUGAACACCACUUGGUGCAGGCGGCUACUGGAGCUAAAUAUACAGCGUUUCUAUUUAAAAUGAAUCAAAGCAAUUCAGUUUGGACAAGGUACUCCUAUAUAAGUUCUUGACGGCGAGGACGGCAACAUGUGCGGCGCUUAGGUGACGGCGAGGCAACGCAUCAAUAUAUUAUGAAGCGAAGCUAACAUAUUAGAAAUAAGCAAAUAAUAACGUAAGA